AUGGCAGCACACGAUGAUAAGGAACGACCUCUGUCGUCAAACACUGAAGAAAACGUGGAAUUAUUGGACCAUCCUCCAUAUGGACCCGAUAUAAAUCCUAACGAUUUCUUUACUUUCCCGAAAAUUAAAAACAGACUGCAUGGUCGAAGGUUCCGGUCACCAAAAGAAGCAGUUGACGCUUUCAAAAAUGCCAUUUUGGAUCUGCCAGAAAACUAG